CGCCUCCUGCUCCCCGCGGAAGCGGUUGUACCGCGCACUCGCGGAGUGCUGGUGCUGGUGCGGAGCCGCUCGGGUGGGCGCUGCCCCAGCUCGUUCCUUGUUUUCUCGCCGCCGGUGAUGCCGGCUCAGCACUUCCUCCGCCCGUCCUCUCCUUCCCCGCGGCGGGGGGCGGUGGGCUAAGAGCCCGGCCCCUGGUCCCGGGCCGCCAUGGUGCCCUGGGGAGCGGUGCUGUGGCGGCGGCUGCUGAGGAAGCGCUGGGUCCUCGGUGUCGUCUUCGGGCUCUCUCUCGUCUACUUUCUCACCAGCACCUUCAAGCAGGAAGAAAGGAUGGUGAGGGAUCGGAAUCUCCUCCAGGUGCAAGAGCAGGAGCAGCCGAUCAUGUGGAAGGUGAAGUUCAGUUCGGGGAACAGCAGCCAGCUGAGUAACCAGUGCAGGAACUCUGUGCAGGGGAAGCUCCUCAUCACGGAUGAACUGGGCUACAUCUGUGAAAGGAAGGACCUGCUGGUAAAUGGCUGCUGUAAUGUCAACGUGCCCAACACGAAGCUGUACAGCUGUGAGAGCUGCCUGCCCAAUGGCUGCUGCAGUGUCUACGAGUACUGUGUUUCCUGUUGCCUGCAGCCCAGCAAGCAACACCUUCUGGAACGCUUCUUGAACCGGGCAGCUAUUGCAUUCCAAAACCUCUUCAUGGCAGUGGAAGAUCGCUUUGAGUUGUGUCUGGCAAAAUGUAGGACUUCAUCACAGAGUGUGCAGCAUGAAAACACCUACAGAGAUCCAAUUGCAAAGUACUGCUAUGGUGAAUAUCCCCCAGAGCUGCUGCCUGUUUGAAAGCUGCAUGACCUAAGCAACAAAGGGAAGGAACUGGAGACUGGAAUCCAAAAGAGCAAGACAGCAGCUGCUGCUUUACAGGAGCUCCAGUGUAAAGAGCUUAUGUUAUGUUAGUUCUGGGGACAAACCCAGAGGUGUGCAAUGUUAAUGAGAGACUUAAGUUCUCUGGGAUUGAACCUUGCUCUCUUUAGUUUGCUAUGCACCCAUUUUUGAGGACUGUACUAGAGUACUAGUCCAUUCUUUGAACACUUCCUCUCAAUUUUAGCAUGCACAGAAGUCAAUCUUGGCUAUAAGACAUCAAGAAAAUUAUCUAAUAUAGCUUUAGAUAUAUUAGAAAGCAGCUGCACAUGGAGGUUGAAUUUUAUCUCUGCAGUCCAGAGACUUUCCAGAAUGACAGUAAUAGUUGGAGGAUUUUUACUUUUAAACAGUAAAGCAUGCCUGCUGUGCUCCUCUCUUUGGAGGACUUCAUGACAUGCAUGGUGUACACUGCAUGUGUAAUUAUGAAUUAUUUAUUCAUUUUUAUGGAUUACUAGCUGAAAGUAUUGAUGCUUUUAGUUGUUGAUGCCUUUCAGUCCCUGUUUUGUUGUGUCAGGUAGAAAGGAUAUUUUUUGAUCCUAAAUUUCUUUUCUUUCUUUCGUGGUUUAAAGGAAUUGUAUUGGGAUUUGUCACUAUGCUUAUGUUCCUCUCAGUGAGUUUAAAGUAUUCAGAACUCCAAUGGAGUUGUUAUUCUGUCAAAGUCCAAUAGUGUGAGAGAAGAGCAGGAAUCUGCCCAGGAUGGGAUGUUUAUUGUCUGUAAACACUUUCCGUGCCAGCCUGCAACAGUUUCCUCCAAGAGGACUCUUCCUCUUGUGAACAGCUCUCUGCUGGUUCACUUUCUGACACAGAGUGCUGAAGAUUUGUUGGCUUGAGCUUGUCCAGGCCUUGCUAAUUCAAAUGUACUUCACUCCUGGUUGUGCAGGAGACAAAAGGGUGGAGUUGUUCAAGGAUCUCAGUUCAAUGAUAUCCUUGUGCAUGAAGCAAUUAGAAUAUCAGAACACGGCACACACCUCCUUCUGAGGAUGACUGUGUUGCAGGAGUUGAGUUGAACACUCAUGUUUUUGAAUUGCUGUUUGACAUAGUUGCUACUCAGUCUGAUCAGAAUGGCACUAGCAUAGGGUUGGUUCUCCCACAUUUUCUCUUGGUUCUCUAAAGUUGCAAUUUAAACUGUCUGAAGCCACACGACACAGAAAAUAUGGGUAGAGAACCUGUAAAAUCCUCACUAAAUUUGUGCUCCCCCUGCAAGUCACUGGGCAAAGUCCAAGUGCUAGACAGUCCUGGGCUGUUCUUUCCUAUAUGCAGUGCCUCAUUUCUCUUGUUUUUAGCCUGUCUCCUCCAUGAUUUUGACUUGGUGUGUGUGUGCUUGUUUAAAGUGAUACUCCUAGUCCCUGACUGAAAUAAAACAAUCUACUGAGGCUUUUAAAAAAAAAACAACACCACAAACAACAGGCACAGUGGUAGAGUAUCCUGGUGCAAAAGAUCUAUAGAAUGCUAUUGGAAUUGUAUAUGUGAUAUAAACCAGAAGCAAUGUUACCAGCUGUCUGAUUAAAAUCUACUUGCAUCAUUUUUGUUGUUCUUUCCCAGAAGUCAUCAAGUGAGAUAAUGGUUCUGUCAGCAGAUUCUCUUGAAAAUCUUGUGUUUUCCAAAAGCUUAAAAGCUUUAGCAUUAGAUGAUUAUCCAGCUGAAAAUCCCUCUCCCCUUUGCUGCCAUCCUAUGGCAACUUGCUGCAGCAGAUGUGAUAGUGUGAAGCUGCACUGUGAAAUGCUGUCUUCAGAGGGUAGCAGAGGUUACUUUUCAGUGUUAAACAGAUUCUUCACCCCUGUUCCAGCACUUCAGAACUGUUUUCCUCAGGGAAGGCCAUCAGGUUUGGUUUAUUAUAUCAUUCCUGCUGAGAUAUAUUCCAGCACUUCAUGUUCUUGCACUUUGAGUGAUAAGGUCAAGACACUGAUGGCUUGCUCCUGCUUUCUUUUCUAACUUGGUAUUAAUUCCUUAGCAGGGCAUACCACUGCUAGAAGCUGUAACUGUAAGAAAUCGUGUGAACCAACCUAAUUUGGGCAAUGUUUGUGGAAAUUCCUGUCCCAUUUGUCUCCUAGAAAAGCAGGGUGUGAUCAGAAGUGCAUUGUUACCAUUGGCCACUCAGUGGGACAGAAAUUGCAUCCUCUCUCCCUCGUUGUUGAGCUGUUCAACUAGUGUCUGUGCUAAAUGUUAAUCAUUAAAAAUACAUCUGUUUCAAAAUA